AUGCCUGAGCCUGCCCCUGCCGCCGCCUCCGCCGUGCUGCCGCCGACAUCGUCGCUGAGCUGCUGCGACGGCUGCUACUGACUGAUCGCUCUGGAUGUAGCUAGGUACCUCUCGACUGACAUGCUGUUCUAACCUCUAACAAGCCAAAAACACAAGCGAAGCUAGCCGCCCUGCCACCGGCUACCGCCCGGAGCCACCGGUCGGCACUGGCGCCGGAGGCAACCACCGCUCGUUAGCCAGGAUGGCAAUCGCGGUCGGCCGCUUCCACGACGUCGAUCCCCACGACGUGCGGAGCCGGCACUGCCGCCUCCACUCCGUCGCGCAGCUCGACAGCCCGCUGCUCGACAGGGACCACCGGGAGCACAGCGACGCCGCCGCCGGAGCGGGCCACACCGGCCUGUCCCCGCGGCGCCGGAGCCAGUCCUCCCCGUGCUUCACGACCGUCGCGCCCGCCGGCGCGGAACACGCGGACCGGUCCGAGAGCAAGAUGCCGCGCGUGGAGAUCAUCGCGGGCCGCCACGCCCGCGGCGUGCGCGAGCUCAUCGCGGAGGCCGCGGCCGCUAUCGCGUCCGGGACGCGGCUUGUCCCCGCGCAGAGCGGCCUCGGCGGGGCGCUGCUGCUCACCGGCAGCCGCGGCGGCGAGCACGUCGCCGUCAUCAAGCAGCUCGACGACACCGCGGCCCCGGGGUCGCCCGGGAUCGGCGGGUACGAGAGCCAGGCCGUGCUGCGGGAGGUUGCCGCCUUCCUCCUCGACCACGACGGCUUCGCCAGCGUGGAGCCGACCGCGCUGAUCAAGAUAUCGCGCCCCGCGAUGCCGGCGACCAUGGCGUCGAUCCAGCGCUUCGUGGCGCACGAGUACGACGCCGGCGAGCUGGGCCCGUCGCGGUUCUCGGUGGCGUCCGUGCACCGCGUCGGCAUCCUCGACAUCCGCCUCCUCAACAUCGACCGCCACGCGGGCAACAUCCUCGUCAAGAACCCGCCGAGCAGCCACAGCGCGUCCGCGCCGCCGCCGCCGCUCGACCUCGUGCCCAUCGACCACAGCCUCUGCCUGCCGGAGCAGCUGGACGACCCGUACUUCGAGUGGCUGCACUGGCCGCAGUCCUCGCUGCCCUUCUCCGACGACGAGCUGGCGUACGUCGCGUCGCUGGACCCGUUCAAGGACGCCGAGACGCUCCGCGCCGAGCUGCCGUCCCUCAAGGAGCCUGCCAUCCGGAUCCUCACCCUCUGCACCAUCUUCCUGAAGCGCGCGGCCGCGGUGGGGCUCUGCCUCGCCGACAUCGGCGACAUGAUGACCCGCGAGUUCAUGGCUCAGGAGGAGGGGCUGAGCACCCUCGAGGCGCUCUGCAAGCAGGCCCACGACUCCGUCCUCCCGCCGCGCCCGCCCUCCCUCCCGUGCCCUCCACCCGACGGCGACGGCGUCGACGAGGGCACGACCUCCUCCUGCGGGCGGAAGCACGUGUCGUUCGGCGACCUGAGCUUCGCGGAGUGGGCGGCGUUCCUGGAUACCUUCGAGCAGCUGCUGGCGGCGGCGCUCGAGGCCAAGAAGCGCGGCGCCCUACUGCCGGCACCGGGGACGACGACCUCGCCCUGAUCGAACGAAGCUGACCGCACCGUACUACUAGUCUACUAGCACCACCAUUUCCAGCACCGAGCUUGUACGCGCAUGCACUAGCUACCGUAUCUCUGGAAGCCUUUGUGUCUGCGUGGGGUUCGACGAGGAGGCCGUGUAAGAGGAGACGAUCCAGAGCUUGUACGGUGGCAUGCUGUUGGGAGCAGCCUUGGAACACCCUUCCAAAGACGCUGACGUGUCGAGCAAUGCAACAACCACUCUUCCCCAGGCAGGCGUGUUUUUCUAUUAAUUUAAGUUUUCUACCAUUAUAUACACGUACGAGAAGUACCGCGAAAAUGUAUAUAGCGUAGUUCGAUUUGUGUGGAUUUUCCCCCACACAUUUAUGGUCGCACAGAAUAAAAACCCGUGCUUUUCGACGGGGUUACUUUAGAAAGGACCUAGAAAUGUAAAAUUACCUUUUGAAAUAUA